AUGUUUGUAGCCAAGGUGACUUUUGGCCUGUUGGCCCUGCUCCUCGUCUUCUCUGCUGGAGCUGAGGAGAUGCUGUCUGUGUCUGAACUGCUGCACAGAGCCAACAGAGGCAUUGUUCCUGAACCUGAUGAGCCCAAGCUAAUGGAUGACAUUGCUGUGGAUGAGAGAAAUGCUGAUCCCUGCACCUCCUCUGGCUGCCUCUGGCCCAAAUACAGCGACGGCAAGAUUUAUGUACCUUACGUCAUCGCCAACCACUACUCCUCCCGUGAGCUGGAGAUCAUCCAACGUGGUCUGGACUCUUUUUCUUCUGUCUCCUGUAUCCGCUUCUUCCGCCGCAGCAAUGAGAGAGACUAUAUCAGCAUUGAGUCUCGCAGUGGAUGCUACUCUUAUGUUGGUCGUCGGGGUUACGCCCAGACCGUGUCUCUGGCCCGUAAUGGCUGUCUUUACCACAGCACUGUGCAGCAUGAGCUGCUCCACGCUCUUGGCUUCAACCAUGAACAGACCCGCAGUGACCGUGACAAUCACAUCCGAGUCGUCUGGGAGAACAUCAGAGAUGACAUGAAGCACAACUUCAACAAAAUCAACACCCUGAACCAGGGAACUCCCUAUGACUACAAGUCUGUGAUGCAGUACGAGAGAUAUGCUUUCUCCAAGAAUGGAUACCCCACCAUGAUUCCCAUUCCCAACAGCAAUGCUGAGCUGGGCAAAUCUACUCAGAUGAGCCAGAAUGACAUCACCAGGCUCAAUAAGCUCUACCAGUGCUGUGAGUGACGCGUUUCUCUCAAAAGAAUAGACCCCAACUAUUUAGUUUUGGAUGUAUAAAUGAGUGAUGGCCAAAGAUUGCAUAUAUUAUCAUUAUCAAUAGCAUUGUCUAGCAAAUCUGCGAUGAAAUAUUACACUAAAAACAUUUUACUAAUGUACACAUUACUUUAGUGAGUAUUUAUGUGUACUUUAUGUUUAGCACAAAAAUAAGUAAGGGGAACUUUAAACUGACCCUCGGUGAUGUACCCAUCCUUUAGGAGCAGUGGAAGUGCAGACAUGCAGCACAGAGAAAACAAUUCACUGAAGAUCCAAAGUCUCACGGAUGGUGUUGACUAAUGUGCUGAACUUGCAUCGUUCUAUCAGAUGUAUUAAGCAAAAUGAUACACCAAUAUAAAUUAAAAAUAAAAAGAAUUUUUGCAA